CGAUUUGGUAUUACGAUUGAUUCGAUAAUUUUUCCUGAUAGUUAUACUAUGGUUGCGGCGUUGUCACCACAGAAUGUCACAGAAUUCUACAAAAUGCGCAAAAUACCACAGAAUUAUAAAAUAUGGCCAAUAAAUUCGGGCCGAGAGUCGGGAACUCCCGGAAAGAAAUAUACAAAAACUUUAAUGCAAGACAUUGAAGAAAGACAAGUAAUAUUCUCAACAAUCCAAAUACCAACACCAACAGUAACCCAAAACGUAACAAUAUCAAAUACCUUAACAACUAUAAGCACCUCAACUGUAACUUAUACACAAACGAUAACACCAAGUUACUUUUCAGACUCUAACGUGAUAACCCAAGACAUAGUAACCAUAGUACUCAUA